AUAUUAGUCCGUUAUAUUAGUUUUUCUUCAAUAUCAGUGGCCAGAUUGACAAUAUAACGUAUACAACGAUAACCCGAUCCACUGCACAAAAAGGGGAGGAACUGUUUUAGCGGCACACAAGUAGGCAGAUACUUACUGAACAUGUGACUACUUGAAAGAAAACUAACUCAAAUAGAUCGAUCACUUGAGACUUUUUUGACAUACUUUACGAUUUGUCAGAUUACUGCAGCUGUUCCAGAGCUUAAACAUCACUGAUCGCCUGCACAACAUGAGCUCUCCGAAGAAAGCGACUGCUGAACCUCAUGUCAUCAAAGAGGAGCUGAUAGCCAGUGGAAAAUGGGUGAAGCUUGAGAAGACUACAUAUGUGGAUCCAUCUGGAAGCACCAGAACAUGGGAAACAGCAAAGAGAACAACCCGAGUCGCUAACAGCGCAGCCGAUGCUGUAGCAAUCAUAGCCCUUCUGAAGAGGACUCUUCAUAAAGACUGUGUUGUAAUGGUGAAGCAGUUUCGUCCACCCAUGGGAUGCAACACACUGGAGUUUCCUGCAGGUCUGAUAGAUGACAACGAGACCAUUGAAACUGCUGCUUUGAGAGAACUAAAGGAGGAAACGGGUUACAAAGGGGAGGUGGUGGGCGUCACUCCAGUCACAUGUUUAGACCCGGGCUUGUCUAACUGCACCACACAGAUGGUGAUGGUACAUAUCAAUGGAGAUGACCUUGAAAAUAUAAACCCCACUCAGCAGCUGGGUGACGGAGAAUUUGUGGAGGUUAUUCUUCUACCUCUGGAUGAGUUUCAGCAAAAAAUUGAUGAGCUACUGCAGAAAGAGAAAAUAGUGGUGGACUCUAAGGUGUAUAUUUAUGCUAUGGGAAUGUCGCAGGCCUUCUUUAAACCCAGAGAGUUACCUGUGCUGAAGCAGUGAGAUGCACAAAUCUGUCACCUGCAAUACACUAAAGACAGACUGUCGUGAGCUCAUCAGAGUGAUGAAAUCUACCAGUGCUUGACCAUGGCCUUACUGUUUUACAGCGGUUGCCUGAACAUUCCUAAUAAACGAACAGUACUUAAUUAAGAGGUAUUCAGUGUUUGCACAGUUUUACAAUUCAUUAUUAAAUAUAUAGGAACCAAACUAAAAGUGUAGGU